AUGACUGAGACUAAGAAAAAAGACCCCAAAGGUGCCCCUUCAACUCCCUCUGCUCCCCUUCACCCUAUUUUGCAGGAUGGAACUCCAGAGGAAGCCAUUUUUCCACCCCCUCCAUAUAGACCUCCUCCCACCCCUCAACCAGAUCCUUCAGUGCCAGACACUUUACCACCAUCUGGCCCGGCGCAGAGGACCCGGAGCCACCGGGCAGCCUCUCCUUCUGAAGUGACAGAGGCAGAUUCUACGCCCACCUGGGAUGAUUGCCAGCAGCUUUUACAGGUUUUGUUUACCACAGAGGAGCGGGGACGUAUUAUUUCAGAGGCACAAAAAAAAAAUGUCCCAGAUGCUACAGGAAUUCCAACUACAAAUCAAGCCUGUAUUGAUGAUUAUUUUCCCUACAGGAGGCCCAACUGGGAUUACAACACGGCUGAAGGUAGGGAGCGUCUCCUAGUCUACCGUCAGGCUCUGUUGGCAGGUCUCAAAGCAGCUGCAAGACGGCCCACUAAUUUGGCCAAGGUAUAUGAUGUCAGGCAGGGAAUGGAUGAAAGCCCAGCCGCCUUCCUGGAGAGAAUUAGUGAAGCCUUUCACAGAGAUACACAUGUAGAUCCAGAAAAGCCUGAACAUACAGGUACAGUUGCUUUGGCUUUCAUUAACCAGUCUGCUCCAGACAUUAAAAAAAGAUUGCAGAAACAGGAAAGAAUAGGACAGAUGACAUUGCAAGAUUUGGUUCACAUAGCUGAGAGAGUGUAUAAUAACAGGGACAGCUCUGAGGAAAAGCAGUUAAAAACGGGAAAGGCUUUAAACCGGGAUCUGGCACAAGUCCUCUUGGCCAACAAUGUUUCGGACCCCAGAGAAAGGAGGCGCCAACUUCAGUGGAUAGCUCAAGACAAAGGACCCAAGGGACGAAGCAAACCACCACUGGGUAAGAACCAAUGUGCAUACUGCAAGGAGGAAGGACAUUGGGCUAAAAACUGCCCUCAUAAGGGACCCAGGUCCCAAACUAAGGUCCUGGCUUUGGGGGAAAACAGAGGGGGACGGGGUUCAGAUCUCCUCCCCGAACCUAGGGUAACUCUGAGAGUGGAGGGGAAACCUUUGGACUUUUUAGUAGAUACUGGAGCUCAGCAUUCAGUGCUCCUGAAACCUGAAGGACCAGUCUCAUCAAAAAGGUCUUGGGUCCAAGGGGCCACAGGUAUGAAACAAUAUUCAUGGACUACCCGAAGAACGGUGGACUUAGGAAAGGGCCGGGUAACCCAUUCAUUUAUGGUAAUUCCAGAGUGUCCUUAUCCCCUAUUGGGGAGGGACCUGCUUACCAAAAUGAAAGCUCAAAUUCAUUUCAAAUCAGAAGGGCCUCAGCUAUUAGAUGAAAAAGGCAACCCAAUACAGGUGUUGAUUCUAAAUUUAGCCUCUGAGGCAGAAUAUAGAUUGUUUGAAGAGCCAAUUACCCCCUCAAGUGACUUGCAGACAUGGCUGGCACGAUAUCCCCAAGCCUGGGCAGAAACUGGAGGAAUGGGAUUGGCAAAACACUGACCCCCAGUGUUUGUUGAACUCAAGCCUGGGGCAGAUCCUGUUCGAAUAUGUCAAUAUCCCAUGCCCCAAGAGGCUCGAAAGGGGAUAACUCCUCACAUUCGAAAACUACUGGCUGAGGGGGCUUUAAGGCCAUGCCAGUCAGCCUGGAAUACUCCCUUACUACCAGUAAAAAAGCCUCAUACAAAUGACUAUCGCCCUGUCCAGGAUUUGAGGGAAGUCAACAAGCGAAUAAUGGAUAUACAUCCAACAGUGCCUAAUCCUUAUACUCUUCUGAGUUCUUUGUCACCUGAGCAGACUUGGUAUACAGUAUUAGAUUUAAAAGAUGCUUUCUUCAGCUUAUUAUUAGCCCCCAAGAGCCAAAAAUAUUUUGCCUUUGAAUGGAAUGACCCUGAGAGAGGGAUAAAUGGACAAUUGACAUGGACUCGUUUGCCACAAGGAUUUAAAAACUCUCCCACCAUCUUUGAUGAAGCCCUCCAUGAAGAUCUGGGUGAGUACCGAAAAGAAAAUCCAGAUAUUACUUUAAUUCAAUAUGUUAAUGAUCUCCUAGUAGCAGCAGAGUCAGAGCAAGCUUGUCUGGAAGGCACACAGAGACUUUUGCAGACCUUGGGGGACUUGGGCUAUCGAGCAUCAGCUAGAAAGGCACAACUUUGUAAGACUGAAGUGACAUAUUUGGGCUAUAUUCUAAAAAAGGGACAGAGAUGGCUAUUGGAUGCUAGAAAGAAAACAGUCCUCAGUAUUCCUCCACCUACAAGUCCUCGUCAGGUGAGAGAAUUCUUGGGGUCAGCUGGCUUUUGCAGACUAUGGAUACCUGGGUUUGCGGAAAUAGCUAGACCCCUUUAUGAAGCCACCAAAGGAACCAAGGUCUUUGAAUGGACUGCAGAACAGCAACAGGCAUUUGAACAACUCAAACGAGCUUUGCUGUCAGCACCAGCUCUUGGGCUACCCGAUAUAACCAAGCCUUUCCACUUGUUCGUGGAUGAAAACAAAGGAGUGGCAAAAGGGGUGCUGACACAAACGUUGGGGCCUUGGAGAAGACCGAAAGCAUACCUGUCUAAGAAACUUGAUCCUGUGGCUGCUGGAUGGCCACCAUGCCUUCGAAUCAUUGCAGCAACUGCACUUCUGGUUAAGGACGCAGAUAAAUUGACACUGGGCCAAAAUCUGAUUGUAACCACCCCCCAUGCCAUAGAAGGGAUACUUAAACAACCACCCGAUCGAUGGUUAAGUAAUGCCCGUAUGACUCAUUAUCAGACUUUGUUAAUUAAUUCUGGUCGAGUAAUUUUUCAGCCCCCUGCCUCCUUGAAUCCAGCAACCCUCCUUCCGGACCCGGAUUUGGAACAGCCUCUGCAUCAAUGUGAAGAAAUUUUGUCCCGAGCACAUGGCAUUCGUGAGGACCUUAAGGAUACACCCUUGCAAAAUGCUGACCACACUUGGUUUACAGAUGGAAGCAGCCUCAUCCAUGAGGGUCAGAGGAGGGCAGGUGCAGCAGUAACAACUGAGACUGAGGUAAUAUGGGCUCAACCUCUUCCUCCAGGAACAUCUGCCCAACGGGCUGAAUUAAUAGCCUUGACCCAAGCUCUGACUAUGGGCAAAGGGCUGGCUAUCAAUGUAUACACGGAUAGUCAUUAUGCCUUUGCCACCGCCCCCCUACACGGGGCUAUAUAUCAGGAGAAGGGACUCCUCACAGCAGAAGGAAAAACCAUCAAAAAUAAGGAGGAGAUCCUUUGGCUCCUAAAAGCCUUAUGGCUUCCCAAAAAGCUAGCCAUUAUUCAUUGCCCUGGACAUCAGAGAAAUAAUACUAAGAUAGCAAUGGGAAAUAACCUUGCUGACAGAACAGCCAAAAGUGUUGCACUCUAGGAAACAACUAAUGUUUUGAUUCAAUGGGCAAGAAACCAGCCUAUGAGUCAAUGCUUAGAAGGAUGGUGGCACUCAUCUGAGGGUAAGUUAAUCCUGCCAAACUCUCUAGCCAGAACAAUCCUUAAAAAGAUUCACAGAGUUACCCACAUGGGAUCUAAGAGAAUGGCAGAUGCUGUCCGUCAAUCAAAAGUAACAUUCCGGGACAUACAUAAGACUAUAGAUGACAUUGUGACUAACUGCAAAGCUUGUCAACUGACUAAUGCCACCAACCAAUCACAACAUCCAGGGACCCGACUUCGAGGUAAGAGACCUGGGGCUUAUUGGGAAGUUGAUUUCACAGAAAUCAAACCUGGAAAAUAUGGCUACAAAUAUCUGCUGGUGUUCGUGGAUACCUUCUCAGGAUGGACUGAAGCCUUUCCCACCAAAGAUGAGACUGCCCAGAUUGUGGCAAAGAAAUUAUUGGAGGACAUUCUGCCCAGGUAUGGCUUUCCUCACAUGAUAGGGUCAGAUAAUGGACCAGCAUUUGUGUCCAAGGUAAGUCAGAAUGUAGCUAAGUUUAUUGGGGCAGAUUGGAGAUUGCAUUGUGCACAUAGGCCCCAAAGUUCAGGACAGGUAGAGAGAAUGAAUAGAACAUUAAAAGAGACCUUAACUAAAUUGACCUUGGAGACUGGCGCUGAUUGGGUGAUGCUCCUCCCCUUUGCCCUCUAUAGGGUCAGGGAUUCCCCUUACCAGCUAGGUUUAACUCCCUUUGAGAUUAUGUAUGGGAUGCCAGCUCCUAUAAUACCCAACCUUAAGACUGAUGCUGUUGCUGAAAUGGAUGAAGAUGACUUACUUUUUCGGGUCAAAGCCACCCAGUGGGCUCACAAACAUGUUUGGCCUAAACUACGUGCUCUUUAUGAAGCAGGCCCAGUACCAGAGCCACACAAAUUCCGGCCCGGAGAUUGGGUAUACGUGAAACAGUUUCGUCAGAAUACACUGGAACCUAGAUGGAAAGGACCCUACAUCAUCUUAUUGACCACUCCUACGGCUAUCAAGGUUGACGGGAUUGCUGCUUGGAUCCAUUACUCACACGCUAGGCCAGCUAACCCGUUCUCCGUCCCAGAGGAUUAUUUGACUCCAGCGGCUCCAGAAUGGAAGGUCUCCAAGGACAACGCCAACCCGCUCAAGCUAAAGUUACAGCGUUCCUCCAAUUAAUAACUAUAACUUUAAGUCUCUUUCAGAAUCAGGCAGCCCGUAAUCCAC